GUCUUUCUCAAAGUUUGUAUAACAUAAAUGGAGAUUAUCAAAAAAGAAAAAAGAGAAGCUUCUUUGGUUUUAAAGAUCAGCAAAGAAGAAAAAAAAAAGCUUCUUUGGGUGAAAGAGAGAUCUUAUAG